AUUUUGAAGAAAGUAUGGAGCCUAAGUCUGUUGGAAAAGUUUUAAAACUUAUAGCAGAAUCGUAUUCAAAUUUAAAGUAUGUUAAUAUAUCUGUUUUAGAGUUUUCUGAAAUAUCAAUUUACAAUAAUAUUCAUUCUAGUCCAAGGCUCCAACAUCUUGAUAUUAGCUUUUGUAAAAUUACUGAUAACUAUUAG